UGUAGCAGAGCCGUUUCCUUCUUACCUUCUCCAGAUCGAUAAACUUGAUCUACUCACUUUAUUCUUUAACCAAAACCUACAACUCACUCAUCUUCCAAUUGAAAAUACAUUAAAUCUAAAUUGUUUUCAUCAUACUUCUUAUAGAUUAGCUAGAUCUGUUUACACCUCUGCUUCCAAUCCUUGCUGAUCUCCCAUGGAACCAUCUUCUUUUUCGUUUUUUCUUUCUUUCUUUCACAGUUCAAAACGCUGCCUAUUAACCUGGUCCGGUUCGCCGGUUUUUACCGAGCCAUACCGGUUUUAACCGGUUCAAUUACACGACCGAUCCAAUAAUCAGUUCGAACCGGUUAUACCACCGGUUCAUGGUCCAACUGGUCGGACCGGCCGGCCCGAGCCGGGUUUUAAAACUAUGAUUAUAAUUGUUUUAUUAAAUAAUAAGUACAAAUUACUUAUAUUUGAAAUAUUGAGCUAAAAAAAAAAAGGAUGGGCUUAUAAUCUCAAUUCUCAAGCGCAAUCCUUGGCUCCAUCAUCAUUCCUGAAGAAAAAUAAAGAAUUAAUAAGUAAAACCCUAAAACAGCAAAUUACAGAAAACUCAGGCGGAGUUCGUCGCCGGCUGCCAGAAACUGUGAGGAAGUUUAGAUUUAAUGGAGCUUCCUCUGGUCAAUGAUGAUACAAUGAUUGAUGGUGAAGCUGAGUAUUUGAGUGAGGAAAUGUCACCAUCUGAAUCAGAAUCAGAAGAAGAUGUGAAAUUAGCUGAACCAUCUAAAACGGCAGUAAAUAACAGAGAUGCUCUAUUAGAUAAACUUGGAGACAUAAGCUGGCCAGAGAAUGUUGAAUGGAUACACAAACUCUCCAUUGAUAUUGACCAAGAGCAGGAAGUAGAUGUUAAUGAUGACUUGGCACGAGAGCUUGCAUUUUACACUCAGGCAUUGGAGGGUACUAGACAGGCCUUUGAGAAACUUCAGUCAAUAGGUCUCCCUUUUCUAAGGCCUGCAGACUAUUAUGCUGAAAUGGUGAAGACAGAUAGCCACAUGGAAAAAGUGAAAAGUCGGCUAUUAGCAGAGAAGCAGAAGAUGGUAGAGGCUGAAGAGAGAAGAAAGGCUAGGGAGGCCAAGAGAUUAUCUAAAGAGGUUCAAUCACAGAAAUUAAAAGAAAGAGCCAAGCAGAAAAAGGACGACAUUGAAUCUGUUAAGAAAUGGAGGAAGCAGAGGCAACAGAGUGGGUUUGCUGACGAUGGUGCAGAUAAGGCUUUGGACUUCGAGGACGGAAAAGUGUUUGAGCGGUCAAAGAAGAAAAGACCUGGAGUGUCUCCGGGUGACCGAUCAGGAGGUAAGGCAAAGCAAGCCUUUGGAAAGGGAAAGAAGCCAAAGAAAGGAGAUGUUAAGAAUUCGAAAUUUGGCUUUGGAGGCAAGAAAGGUUUGAAGAAGCAAAAUACAGCUGACACUACUAAUGAUUUUGGUGGCUUCAGUAAAAAGGGUGCUGUUGGAGGAAGUAAGAAGAGAAAGAGGUAAAAUACAAUCUUCAUUUAAAUUGUUUUUAAGAGAAAGAAAUGCCAUGGAGUGUGCUAAUGACACUAUCCUCUGAAUUUUCAUCAGCUCUAAUAGUUAAAUUUUGUAGUUGGACUUAUGCUGGCUUUAUAAUUUAAUUAACAAUUCUUAAAUUUUUACAUUUCUACUCCAAUUUUGAUGCUUUGCUAUAUGAUGUAGCUCCGUUGAGUACACAAGACAGUGUAAUGUAGACAUAUCUGUAAUUUGUUCAGUUGAGCACCAUGUUUUCUUACUUUUGUUUGUCUGAAUAGAGUAAUAUAAGGUGUGUGUCCAUGUUGUUUUGUUACAAGACAAUGGAAGAAUGGAACGAAA